AUGUCGGCCCAGCAGGCCCAGUUCCUCCAGGCGCUGCAUGGGGUGAAGCGAGCGCUCAAGCGAAAAGCAGACGACUCCGACAGCGAUGCCUCCAUCCACGCGCCCACAAAUCGCGGCCACAAACUCCAGCGGCGCGCCAAAUACGUGCAGAGCGGCCAUCUCGAUUCCACCGGCGGUCUGCGAGCCUACCGCAAACCAGUCACGCAUGCAGGCUACACGCGCAACACCAUCCACACCGCCCCAAACUUCUAUAAUGAAGACGGCGAACUUUACAACAGCGACGAUGAGGCGCAAGGCCGAAUCCCCGAGCCCGCGGAAGACGACCCCUUCGCCGAGUCCAUGUCGCUCGCCAUCCUCCUCCGCCCUCUCAUCGCCGCCAGCGAGCUGCCCGACCAUCCAACCCUCAGCCAACCUUUCAAGAGCAAGGCUCUGGUGCAAAUGAUUGACGAGGUGGCAGAAAUGCAAAGGAAGGAAAGAGCGGGCUUGUGGAAGGCUAAAAGAUUGCUACAAAGGUUCCGAGGCGAUGCGGAUUGGGUGCCCUGUGACGUCUUCGAAACCGAGCAUGACGACCUGCUGCUCUUCCAGGGCUAUGGUGUGGAGAGCGACGCGGCGAUUGAGUUAGAGAGCGCGGCUCCGAGUCUGGCCAUUGGUCAGGAUGCCUCAGAGGUUGCGCCGAGCGUCGACGAAGCCGCCGCUGCGCCAGUCGCCAAUGGCACGGCUCCAGACCACAUGAAUGGCAUCGAGACCACGGACAUGGCCGUGCAGCAAGCUGUUGCGGAGAAGUCGGGUGACCUGAAGGAUACAAAAGCAGCCGAGAACGAGCGCGACGGGACAAACACAUCCGCUCCAAACGGAGAAGACGCGACCACAACACAAGACCAAGCAACCACCGACACAAAAGACACAAACGGCGAACCGCUGACCUCCGUCGAAAACACCACCGCAGACGCCGAAGCAGCCAGCGAAGUAACCUCCAACUCCGGCAAAGAAACAAACGGCACAAACCAACCCCAACACGCCAUGACAACGCGCGCCCGCGCCCGCUCCCCCAUCGCCUCCCCCUCCCAAUCCCCCAGCCCAAGCGACUCCGCCUCCGCCGCCCAAAUCCACCCCUGGUUCCAAACCCCCGCCUCCGCCCUGCCCGACCGCGACCUCGGCCUCCCCGCCCCAGAAGCAGAAGAGUCGCGGCGCCUGCUCCUCCUCUACGUCCAAAAGCAAGAGAACAUCGUCCGCAUGCUCGACACGCUGUACGCGGGUCUGCAGCGCGCGGACCGCACGCGCAAAGCUGUGUUGCAGGCUUGCAAAGCGGAGGGGCAUAUGAAGGACGAUGGGAAGGGGAACUGGGUGACGGAGAUGAGCGAUGGGGAGGACUGGGUUGAUCCUGCGGAUUGGGGGAUUGAGGCGAGGGAGUUGAAGGUGCAGAAGGAUGGGACGCUGGGGUUGGAGAAGGGGAAGGAUGAGGUGGAUGAGAUUGGGGAUGAGGGGGAGGGGAGAAGGGGUGGGAGGCGGAGGAGGGUGAAUCGGAUGUAG